ACGUUAAAAAAAAAAAAGAUUUGUUCCUGGGCUUAUGAGUAUAUUAAGGAUUAUUGCUAAGCCUUACCCUUAAAAAUCAAAGGCACUGCCUCACUCUUGAUCCUGGGAGCCGGACUGAUAAUUUCCCAUUUUGUCGUGUCUUCAAAGGUUGGUGCAGUGAAAGCAAAGAUGCUUACUACCCCUCUCUUGUAUGCAGGUGCUGAGUUUUAGAUAUACCUGUAUCCUUCAGGGAGACAGAGAGCUGUCCUUUGAAGGAGUGUUCCCAAUUGAAUUGCUGGUACACUUUCCCCUUAUUCAGCUUUCCCCCAUCAUUCUUUUUAUAGUCACUUUACUAAAAUUAUGAGAGCUGCGUUAAGUUCCACAGAGACUGAGAAGAAAAUCUCUAUUAAUUUCCUAUAAGACUGGGAGUGGGGAAACUGGUUGAUGUGUUUCUGUUGGGGUGAGGUAUGUGGUGGUAAUAGCAGAACAUUUAUUUUUAGGCAGAUAAAUUAUAACCUUUUUCUUCUCUAAAUCAUUGGCCACUUUUUCUCUAGGCCCUACUUUGUAAGAUAACCCCAAUGGUCUCUUUUAGUUGGAGAAGCCCUCUUAGUAACAGUAGUAGCAAUAUUUGCCCUUCUGUUAUAUGGCUGCCAAGUGACAGACUCCACUCCCACUCCAAGGAGGGUCUCCUCUUUUUUCUGGAACACUGCUAUAAAAUGUGCCUAGCCUUAAGUUAUUCCCAAGGCUGGGCUAAGGAGAAAGGGAGAUUUCGUAGGAUGCAACAAUUUUGCAUGGUUAAAAAGCAUUUAUCACUGGGAAUCUGUCUGUCUUUAGAUCAUCCCACCUUCUUUGAGGAGCUUGCUCUGUUUUUGUUUCCUGCCAUCUCAAUGGAUAGCUGAAUGUUUGACAUCAUCUGUCAUUAGCAUAUGGCUCAAAUUUGCCAGCCUCUGUGGCUCUGUGGCAAGGUUUGAGCGCGUAUAUGCAUAAACACACUCCCCUGUGUGUUACUAGUAUGGUUCACCAUCAGGGAGGCAUAGCGUAAGAUUACUUAAGAUCUUAGGAGUUUUAAGAAUUGAAGCUUACUUUAAAGAUUUAAGCUUUGGGCUGGGGGCAAGGAAUGAUAUUUCUAACCUUUGUGCAUUCUAAAAGGAUUUUGCAGACCUAGUUUUCUUUCUCCACAUUUUGACAUGAAUGUGUAUAACCAGAGCAUGGAAAUUAAGGGCCAGAAUUAAAGUGAACCCUGUAGAUAUCAGAGUUCCGUGUUUUAAUUUUCUCAGAAGAAUUUGCCUUGUCAUUGUUUGUUAUAAUGACAAAAAACAGGGAAUCCCAGUCUUACCCUCCCCCUUCAACCCAAUACAUGCAUAACAUGGAGUUUUUGUUUUGUGUUUUCCUUGUGCCAAAUAUUUCAACUUUCUAAAAUUUCUAAUCCAGAAUAUAGGAAAAUAUAGUAUAGAAUAGCUCUUGAAAGGAAAAGGAGAAAAAAUGCCAGGUAUUAGAACCCUUUUAAAUUAAAUGAAAACUAAGUCUUCUAAAAGGCUGCCUUUUAAUUUUAAGAUCACAGUUUAAAGAAGUCCAGAGGAGUAUUUCCUAUUAAAUGUUCCACAAUACUUUUCAGAGAGACGUGCUAGGCAGUGUUGUUAACUAAAGAAAAUAAGUCUAUCAGUUCCACUUAGAUAACCUUUGGUAAUAAACGAACUCCAUACACGUUGUGACCUUAGCGCCUGAACUUUCUAAUCACAUGACUGGCUUGUAAACUGACCUGUGAGGAUGACUGUCGUAGUCCCAGCUAAGAGAGAGAAAUUGGCCAAGUGUCGGAAGGGUGGUCAUCAAGCUGGACUUGUCCCGUAAUCUCUGUUUCUUCAUGGCUGCGAUAGAACUUCUCACCAGACUCCGAGAAGCAUGAAAUGGAGACAUGGGAAGUUUCUGUUCCAGAUGAUCGGGCUGAACAACGAACCUGUCUCAUUUGUGGGGACCGUGCCACAGGAUUGCACUAUGGAAUCAUCUCCUGUGAGGGAUGCAAAGGGUUUUUCAAGCGGAGCAUUUGCAACAAGCGGGUGUAUCGGUGCAGUCGUGACAAGAACUGUGUCAUGUCUCGGAAGCAGAGGAACAGGUGCCAGUACUGCCGCCUGCUCAAAUGCCUCCAGAUGGGGAUGAAUCGGAAGGCAAUCAGAGAAGAUGGCAUGCCCGGAGGCCGGAAUAAGAGCAUUGGGCCGGUCCAGAUAUCAGAGGAGGAGAUCGAAAGGAUCAUGUCUGGGCAGGAAUUUGAGGAAGAGGCCAAUCACUGGAGCAACCAUGGUGACAGCGACCACAGUUCCCCUGGGAACAGGGCCUCAGAGAGCAACCAGCCCUCACCGGGCUCCACACUGUCCUCCAGUAGGUCUGUGGAACUAAAUGGAUUCAUGGCAUUCAGAGAGCAGUACAUGGGGAUGUCUGUGCCUCCACACUAUCAAUACAUACCGCACCUUUUUAGCUAUUCUGCCCACUCGCCACUUCUGCCCCCACAAGCUCGCAGCCUGGAUCCUCAGUCGUACAGUCUGAUUCACCAGCUGGUAUCAGCGGAGGACCUGGAGCCAUUGGGCACGCCCAUGUUGAUUGAAGAUGGGUAUGCUGUGACUCAGGCAGAGCUGUUUGCCCUGCUUUGCCGCCUAGCUGAUGAGCUGCUCUUUAGGCAGAUUGCUUGGAUCAAGAAACUGCCUUUCUUCUGCGAGCUCUCAAUCAAGGAUUACACGUGCCUCCUGAGCUCUACAUGGCAAGAAUUAAUCCUGCUGUCUUCCCUCACUGUUUAUAGCAAACAGAUCUUUGGGGAGCUGGCUGAUGUCACUGCCAAGUAUUCACCCUCUGAUGAGGAACUACACAGAUUUAGUGAUGAAGGGAUGGAGGUGAUCGAGAGGCUCAUCUACCUAUAUCACAAGUUCCAUCAGCUAAAGGUCAGCAAUGAAGAGUACGCUUGCAUGAAAGCAAUUAACUUCUUAAAUCAAGAUAUCAGGGGUCUGACCAGUGCCUCACAGCUGGAACAACUGAACAAGCGAUAUUGGUACAUUUGCCAGGAUUUCACUGAAUAUAAAUACACACAUCAGCCGAACCGCUUUCCUGACCUCAUGAUGUGCUUACCUGAGAUUCGCUAUAUUGCAGGAAAGAUGGUGAAUGUACCCCUGGAGCAGCUGCCUCUCCUCUUUAAGGUGGUACUGCAUUCCUGCAAGACAAGUGUGGGCAAGGAAUGACCUGUUCCCAGCGCCCCACCUCAGGCCAACUGCAACGCCUUGGGUGGGCAGGACAGGCUCCAGAAGAAAGAGCCAGAGAGACCAAGGUGGAGGCUGUGGAGCAGUGUUUCCAGUCGCCUCCAUAGCAAGAAGAGUUUUUGUUUGUUUGUCUGUUUUUUUAACCUCAUUUUUCUAUAUAUUUAUUUCACGACAGAGUUGAAUGUAUGGCCUUCAACAUGAUGCACAUGCUUUUGUGUAAAUGCAGCCGAUGCAUUUCCUUGCAGUUUACAGAAUGUGAAGAUGUUUAAUGUUAUAGUGUUGUCAUUGUUUAGAGAUAGUUCUUUUGUAUUUUGAGGGAGAGGGUGGGAUGGGGCUGAGAUGAAUAUUUCCAUAAUGUUGACAAAGACGACUACCUCAGUGGGAAGGGAGGGAUGUGACCAUCCCUACUUUUUCCACAUGUUCUCAGCAGACUCCUACAUUAGUCUGUCAGAGAGCGAACUGCCUUUUUCUAGCUACCGAAUUGCCAGGUAAAAGUAAAAGAGCACAUCAUAAAGGGGCAAAGUGGUGUUGGGAGGUUUACCAAGCAAAGUGGGGAAGACGUUGGGAACAGGACAGGAGAUAAGGAUUUAGCCAUCUCUUUUCUUUGGAAAGCAUGACAGUUGAGGGGGAAGGGCACAGUGACCAAAUCUAAGUUAGGUGUCCUCCCUCCAUACAAGUCCUCAGGGAGAAGGGUUUCUGUUCUCACACCAUGCUGUGGGCUCCCCCCGCCCCCACCGUCUGAACCGCCACUGUCAGUUUCUGCCACUGUCAACUUUUCAUCCCCACAAGUCCCUGGCAGUAAGUUAAUUCUUGGGACUUGUCUACCAGCUCCCUAGGGGUCACAGCUACUUAGUUUCUUUACCUGGAUCUACCAAGGUCCACUUUCCUCAGACUCCUGUCUGUCUCUUAUAAAUUUGGCUUCCUAUUGGCCCUUUGAAAAAAAACUGAACAAAAUGUCAUGCUCUGAAUCCUGGUGCCCACUGCUAAUUUAUUCUCCUUUCACCUUGCUUUCUUCAAAGGGUAGUGGGACAAAGGCCAGACUGCCAGAAGAAUAAUCUUCCUUUCCCUGUCCCUCCCUUCAUCCCAUCUCGUCCCACCCUCAGGACUGAAUCCCAAACCUGCAGUCUUUCAUACGGUGGGAAGGACCAUCCCCCCAUCUGCUGAACAGAAUUUUUGCCUCUUCAUUCUACUCCCAAGUUCUCCUAAUCUCUCCAAAGUGAGACCAGGUUUCCUUAGAAAGCCCAAGGAUCAGAGUGGCCCAGCUGCCUGUUAGACUAUCAGUGGCCUGGCUGACCAAGGCCUAGAGGGCUGGAGUCCAAAGCACCUGGAAGGGAAGUGGCAGGGGGUGGGGUGAGGCUUGAAACUACCUCAUGUUCCUCAGGGUCCGGCUACCCCCUCUGCAGAUAUGGCCUGGACCUCUUAGUCUUUCACUACCUGCCCUACCUAGUCCUGGGAAAUGUUCCUUACCCUCUUGGCUUUGGCCAGCGGCCAUACCAUGUCUGUCUUAGAGUUCUUUCAGGUGCUUUUCCUUUCUUUGCCUUACUAGAGCAGUUGUCUCUGCCUAUACCCAGGUGCCUCCCACAGCCAGUGCAGCAGACAGACCACUUAACUGGGUGCCUCCCUGGGUGGGCUUGAGGGGCCCACAGCAUUUUGUUUUUCCUGUUUAGUCAAAGGUCUUUUGCUCUCUUCCCAACCCGGCCUUGCAAAAUUACCCAGUCAGCCACCACAUCAUGUGCAUACCAGGUAGUCCGUGUCAGAUUGUAAUCUUUUCUUCCCAGUGAAAUGUUACGGGUACCGGCAGAAUGAUGACUUUGUCCCUUGAUGGAUCUAAAACUCAGAGCAUUCAUUAUUCCUUAAUGCCAUUUCUCCAGCUGCUCUGAAAAAGAAAAGAGACAUGUUCCUCAGGAAAAGCUCCAACCAGAAUGUUUUCACUAGUUGAUGGGAAGUGUUUUGUGUGUGUAUCUGUUUAUUUCUAAGUUCACAAUAUUUUUGUUCCCCUGAAUUUUUUUAUUUAACCAACUAGAUCACAUUCUUUGGCUACAGGUCAGACUCCAAGCUGCUUUCCUCAAGGUAGGGGAGGAGACAUAUAUCAGAGUCCCCUUCUCCAAGACUGCUCCUGUGUGCAGUAUCUUUCUUUGCUCUAGACCUCCAUGUGUCAAACUAUUUUUUGAAAUUGCUUUUCUCUUAAAUUAAGCAUUUUACCGGUUGUGUUGGAUAUCAAAGGAAAUUGCUCUCUGACAAGGCAAGAGCAUGUCUCUCCAAUAACGCAGCAUUAAACAGAGCAAGUUGUUAAUUUGUGGAGUGGGGAAAAGGUUCUGCAAGUUGCCAUUGUACAAAUCCAUUUUUACAAAUGUUUGCAGCAGAUUCCACAGAACAAAGAGCCCAUUCAUUGCCAAGAGCCCUGCAGAAUUUCUGAGCCAAGUGGCCGUGUGUUCCAAGCCGGAGCCUGACCUGUGGACAGCCUUUAAUGUCUUCUGCACCCAGUCCUUUUAUGACGUGGGCUUUUUUUAAACAGGGUAAAGUGAAUGUGUUGCAUUGCAAACUCAGGUAUUAGGCGGAGAAGGUAGGAGUGUAGCUAGCAGCGUGGAGACAUUAGGUCAGCCACUAGAUGUGUUUGUGAAUUUGGUUUGAAGGACACAGAGAAAGGUUGGAGGGGGAGGUUUGGUGUGUUUGUUUUUUUGCCUUUCUUCCCAUAAUGUUUGGUUAACAAGGUAGCCUUUUUGCUAGUGGAAGAAGAAAAAAGUUGUGCAUGUUGUCUCUAAUUCCCUUCUCUUCUGUCCUCUCUCUGAUCCCCUGCUACCAACAGCGCUCACUUUGAGUGAGAGUUUUUCCACCAUAAAAUUAUAACCCUGAAAGCUGUGGUGAAGCUGUGUGCACUGCAUUGAAACACACAGGCUUUUCCUUUCCUUUCCCAUUAAGUGUUUUCUCGACCCAAGAUAAAAGUUUGGAAUCUUGGAACUUCACCUACAACUCAUGCUCUCUGGCUCCUUUGUAGAAUUUUGGAAUUUUUCACGAGGUUCAGUGGUCUCGCCCUUAGUCUGGAGAAACUCCCCAGAACCUGUCUCUAAGCACUCCACCUGGCUCAGAGGACACCCGGCCCCAUGUCUGCCCCGUAAGUGAGGUGAGCGAGCCUCCAGGGAUAGAAGGCAGCACGCAGGAACCUCCCUGUCCUGUUCUCCAGAACCAGAGGAUGCAUCAAGGGAAUCUCAGGGUCUCUAAGGCAUUGCUGACAGUCACCCACCCCACACCGACUUGCUUCUCACUUGCCACCCCAUUUCAGGGAUGUGAGUACCUGCCAUGGCCAAUACGUUACCAGGUCCUUAAAACCCUGGGCUCUCUGAGUUAGCUACCUUGUUCUGCUCCCCAUUUCCUAACUUUGUUUGUUCUUGAUUUCCUGAGGAAUGGGACAGAUGGAGACAGAUGAACAAACACACUGGGCAGCACCUAAGCCAUGUCCAAGGUUGGCCGAAGUAAGGGGACCCUGGCCUCUCAGUAGGGCAGGAAGUUGAGCAGUUGUUCCAAGUCUUGAGCUCUGGGCCCCUGGUUUAUAUGCCUUUUUCCUUGUUGCUUUUUAAAAUUUUGCAAUUAUUUUAAGAAAUCCAGGCUUUCAGACCAGCUCUUUUAUUAAACUUUUCUUUAUUGCUUUUUUAAAACAAAAAACAAAACUAAAACAAAAAACAAAAAAAAAAACAAAAAAAAACACCCACACUAUUCUUACUUUCCCCAACUUGAUCCAUGAGAAUCCCCUACACUCCCCUCUGCCUUUGCAGUUAAUCAUUCCUCCCUUUUUCCUCAGCUUGAAGCAUCUAUGUCCAGUGUCUGUGAAAUGAUGUUUUAUCUGUGUCUCAGGAUGAGAAACGGCAAUCAUUCCACCAGGUGCUGGAAACUGAUUAGCCUCGAGGCAAGGGUUUCUAGGGCCACAGCUCAGGGAUGUGUAUUUAAUUACAGGGUCCCCAGAAACCCCUCUCUUGGCUGCCACAAGCAGCAGCUUCUUUUUUUGGGCUUGAGAGCUAGGCCUGGACUGUUUCCUCAGAAGCAGGAGCCCUAGAGAACAUGUGGAGUCUGGGAGCAAGCUGGGGCUUCCUUCUCAGCUAGACCUGGGCUACCUUGAAACUUGAAGACUUCUGGCUGUCCUGCAACAUGAGCCACGGUAGCUCUGCCUCGGUAUACCAGCUCAUAAAAAUGCCUGGUCCCUCUGCCCAAUCCAGCUCCCGUCUGGCCUCCCUCCUCUGGGCCUGCAGCCCUAAAUGAAGCACAGCCUGCUCAAGAAUCAAUUGCAG